CUAACUUCAGACCGGUCACUGGAAAAGUUACAGUGUAAAGGAUUUAUAAGGAUACGCUGUUAGCCACAGUCACACAUUUAGCCACUGCCGGGUACUUAUUAACAGUCCGCCGCACCCUGUAACGAGCCACCCCUAAAAUUAUCAAACGUCAGUUUUCCGGCCGGUACUCAUAAAAUUAAGUUAUUGUCUACGUACAUUAUUGUAUGAGCGACAGAUUUGUUUAGAGACAAAUCAAAACUUGUACAUAACCUUAUUUUAGUAUUCAAAUAAACAUGGGUACAGAAACUGAUAACAGUGAAUAUUUUACUAGCUAUGAGGAUUUAGAUGUACAUAAAAUAAUGCUCGAAGAUAAGCCGCGGAACUUAGCAUACAAAAAAGCGAUAUUAGAAAAUAAAGAUUACUUUAAAGAUAAAAUUGUAAUGGAUGUAGGGUGUGGAACAGGAAUCCUGUCCAUAUAUUGCGCUCAGGCAGGUGCUAAGAAAGUUUACGCAGUUGAGGCCAGUAACAUAGCAAAGUUGGCAAAACUUGUUGUGAAAGAAAAUGGGUUUGAAAAUGUAAUUGAGGUAAUUCAGAGUAAAGUUGAAAAUUUGACACUACCUGGUAACAUAAAGGUAGAUGCCAUAGUAUCAGAAUGGAUGGGUUUCUACUUACUCCAUGAAGGUAUGCUUGAUUCCGUGUUGUAUGCACGGGAUAAAUUCUUAAAGGAUAAUGGGCAAAUGUUUCCAGAUAGUGCUGUUAUCUAUGUCGCACCAUGUAGUGUUCCAACAUUAUACAACAAAUGGGAUGAUGUUGAUGGAGUUUCAAUGAAAGUGUUUGCAAAGCAUCUUCGUAAAAGCAAGCACAGUAAACCUGAGAUAAUAAGCAUGAAUCCAGAAGAUCUGCUGGGUCAUGAAAUAACACUAAGUUGGGUGAAUUUAAAAGAUGAUGAAUUAUCAGAUUUGGAUUCAAUUAGCAUACAACAUGUUGUUGGAGCAAACAAAGAUGGGCUUUACCAAGGUCUAUGCAUAUGGUUUGUAUGCAAAUUCCCUGACUUCUCUUGCACAGAGGACGAGGAAAGCCAAUAUGUUCUAGACACUAGUCCCAAAAGCCCAGUGACACAUUGGAAACAAACCGUCAUAGUUCUGCCAGAAGAGCUAGAGGUAGAAGAAGGUGAACCGAUCGCCUUCCAAUUAGAUAUGGAAAAAGAUCGAUUUAGUCGCAGGAGGUACAACCUACAAAUGACAUUGCUGGACCCUAAUGCCAUAGAGCACCCCCAACCAUGUUCAUGUGACAUGACGAAAUGUAUACUUAUUAAAUCCUUUAUGAAUCAAAACACAGAUCCGAUGGAAUCGGAGACAAAUGUUCUGCAGGAAGAAAAUGUUGAAGACCAACAAUAAAAGAUUGUAUGUUAGGAAGGGUUUUAUUAAAAUUUAUAUUGUUAACAAA